AUGAGCAGCAGCAGCAGCAACGGCAGCAGCAUAAGCAGCAGCAGCAGUAGCAGAGAAGAAACAGGCAGAUUGGAAGCAGCAGCAGCAGAAUCCAGUGCUGCUGCUGCUGCUGCUGCUACUACUGCAGCAACAGCAGCAAAAGCAGCAGCAGCAAAAGCAGCAACAGGGGGUGCAGCAGGUCUGUUGGGGUUAAAUGACAAGCUGCUGCUGCUGCUGCUGCAGUGGCUGCCGCUGCGAGAGCAGCAGCAGCUGCUGCUGCUGUCUCGUGGGGUGUAUAGGCAGCUAUGCAUGCUGCCGUUUGUUGAUAGUAUCUGCUGCUCCCCAGGCAGCAGCCUGCAGCAGCUAGUGCAGCAGCACGUCCAUCAUCCGCUGCUGCUGCAGCAGCAGCAGCAGCUGCUGCAGCAGCAGCAACACCUGCAGCAACUCAAAUCCCACCUGCAGCAACAGCAUCAGCUGCUGCAGCAGCAACACGAGCAAAGAAGCCAACGCUCUAAUCAGCAGCAGCAGCAGCAACAGCAGCAGCAGCAGCAGCAACAGCAACAGCAGCAGCAGCAGCAACAGCAACAGCAACAGCAGCAGCAGCAGCAGCAGCAACGCAACGGUCCCCUGUUUAAGAGAGUUCUCGAUGAAGAACAGCAGCAAGCGGAUGCCCCUUGCAGCAAAAAGAGCAGAGACGGGUCUGCUGCUGCUGCUGCUGCUGCUGCUGCUGCUGCUGCUGCUGCUGCUGCACAGGGCUCUGAUCAUCAAGGGCUGCAGCCUCCAGCAGCAGCAGCAGCAGCACCUGCUGCUGCUGCUGCUGCUGCAGCAGGUGGAGAUGGCAGAAACGGCAGCAGCAGAUACUGCAACGGCGUUGCUGCCACCGCAGCAGCAGCAACAGCAGGAGCAGCAGCAGCAGCAGCAGCAUCGAAACCAGCAGUCUCUCCUGUUGCUGCAGCAUCCCCUCAAGCGCGUCCCGAAGAGCAGCAACAGCAACAGCAGCAGCAGCAGCAGCAGCAACAGCAGCAGCAGCAGCAGCAGGAGGAGGAUGAGGUUGAGGUGUAUCUGCAGCACUGUCCUUUGCUGCGUCGCUUUGUUAGAUGCCGCUGCGUGGAUUUGUCUGUUGCUGCUCACCUGCAGCCAUCCCCGCUGCUGCUGCUGCUGCUGCUGUGCUGCAGCAAGCUGCUGCAGCGGCUUGUUGUACGAGGAUACGAUGAAGGCAGCUUCAGGUUCCGCAGGCAGCAGCACCAGCUGCUGCUGCUGCAGCAAAAAAUGCAGCAGCAGCAGCAGCAGCAGCAGCAGCAACAGCAGCAGCAAAACAACACGGAUAUGCAACAGCACACAGACAAACUCCAGCAGCAGCAGCAGCAGCAGCAGCAGAAGCCAGGCAAUAGUGGCCCUCUAUUAGCCCCCAGCAUGGACUUGGCGAGCAGCAGCAACAGCAACAGCAACAGCUGCAGCAACAGCAGCAACAGCAGCAGCAGCAGCAGCGACGGCACCAGCAGCAGCAGCAGCAGCAGCAGCAGCAGCAGCAGCAGCAAGACAUGUGUAUGUGAGCCUUGUUGUGUUGCAUCUUUGCUGCCUGAUAGUUUUCGUUCUUAUAAGCUAUGGCUGCCUGCAGCAGCAAUGAAGUUGCUGCUGCUGCGCUGCAGCAGCAAGCUGCAGCAGCUGCUGCUGGAUGUUUCUCUGCGGCAGGGGUUUGGUUUGUCUCCUUUUGCUGCUCUUCACCUCAACAUACAAAUGAAGGCCCUUAAAGAAAUGGAAUUAGUUAAUCUCACUAGACACAACUUCAGCUGCGGCCCGUGCUGCUUCCCUGCGUUGGAGGUGCUGCGGCUGCACUGGACGGACGUCUGCCCCAGGCAGCACAAACUAGGGUACGCAGCAGCACCAGCAGCAGCAGCAGCAGCAGCAGCAGCAGCAAGAGCAGCAGCAGCAGCAGCAGCAAGAGCAGCAGCAGCAGCAGCAGCAAGAGCAGCAGCAGCAGCAGCAGCAGGAGGAGCAGGAGCAGACUCCACUGAUGCUGCUGAUGAUAGGCUGCUGCUGCGGGGCUGCCCCUCUCUGCGGUCGCUCUGCGUGCAUGCAGACUGCGAUGACGAUGAGGCGGUGGUGCAGGUCACCACGCUGUUUGCUGCUGCGCUGCAGCAGCUGCUGCAGCAGCAGCAGCAGCAUGAGCAGCAGCAGCAGCAGGAACAGCAGCAGCAAGAACAAGAACAGCAGCAAGGAGGAGCAGCACCGCCGCCUGGUGUGUUGAUGACGGAUGCAGCAGCAGAAGCAGCAGCAAGAGCAGUUGCUGCUGCAGCAGAAGAAGGGGGUGUAUGCCCCCUCCCGCUGCUGCAGCAGCUGCAGCUGCCGCUGCUGCCAGCAGCAGCAGUGCCGCUGCUGCGUGCUGCAGCACCAAACCUCCGUGUGCUGCGCCUUGUCAAUGCAGACAGCCACAGGACAAGAAGGGGUUUGCUGCCGCUGCAGCUAGCAGCGCAGCAGCUGCAGCAGCUGCAGCAGAUUGUGUUUCCUACUCCUGUGGAUUUCGCCCCGGUGGGAACGCUGCCCCGGCGUCCUGCUGCUCUGCUGCUGCAGACGAUGAUGCCGAUGAUAGACCUCCCUUGCGUGAAGCAACAGCAGCAGCAGCAGCAGCAGCUGCUGCUGCUGCUGCUGCAGCAACAGCUGCUGCUGAUUCCUCCGCCAGUGUCCUGCUGCUGCAGGGCCCACUCUCAGAUUUCUUUAUUCGUUGCAGAUGAGGGAGAAGCUGCUGCUGCUGCUGCUGCUGCUGCUGCUGCAGCAACAGCAGCAGCAGCAGCAGCAAUUUCUUUAUAG